AUGGAGAUUAAUUCUACACAGUCUACUGAAAGUUUAGCAGAUUUCAUCCUCAUGGCACGGGGGUUUUGGUAUAAAAGGAAUAAGAUGAUUUAUGAAAAUAUUAAUCUGCCUCCUCGACAAGUUUUAAGCUAUAUUCUUUCCUUGAAAGGUAUUCUGCCUAUAGGUCUUCAACAACAAGCUACUGUCAAGAAUUUGAACUAUAGGUGGAGUCCACCUCCACCAGACUGGUUUAAGCUAAAUGUAGAUGGGACACUCUUCUUUGACUACAAUAAAACUGGAAUUAGAGCUAUACUUUAUAAUGCUUGCGGUGAUGUGAUCAUGGCUCUUAGCAAAGUAGAAGAUGAAUUCUUAGAACUAGAAAAUGUGAAGGCUAUGGUAGUUUUGAGAGGUUUGCAAUUCUGUCUUCAGAUUGGGAUUCAUAAUCUACUUAUUGAAAGUGAUUGCUUUCAUUUAGUUGAGGAAAUAAACAGUGAUGCCGAGGCUUGUUCAACUAUGAGAACUAUGAUUGCUAAAAUUAGAAGACUUAUGCUUAGAUUCAUGCAAUGUAAGAUCCAACAUGGUUUCCAUAUGGCUAAUGCAGCAGCUCAUUACCUAGCAAGACAUGCUUGGUCCAUUUUUUGA